UGCGUACGAGAUCCCUGAGUAAUGAAAGAUCGCAGUGAUCACAGGAACGCGAACUCCAUGCAGGCGUUCCACUGGCUACCAAUUCCACGUGCAUUGGUUCCCUCCUCAUCUGAGAUAUUUCCAGCAGAUUUCAUUCUCGGAUCGACAUGCAAGGUAGAUGAGCAGAAGAUGAUGUGAAACGACAGACGAAAAAAUCGAAACAGGAGCUGAAUAGAUGUAUUAGUACUACACUUGAUGGCCUUUGAGUUCCCCGUCCUCUCAAGAGUACAGCAAUCAAGUUUUGCUUUUUUUUCCCCAACAAAAAGACCUUCUACAACGGCAAAAUUCUUUUCUUUGUCCUCACACCCCUGCCGCGCAAAGCCGCGGGCACCUUCAAUAUCAUCUUCCCACUUCGUUUUUUUAAACGACUUUGACAAAAUUUAUCCCAAACCUUCCCUCCUCUGUACUUUUCGGACUUCAAAAAGAAGAAGUUUUUCCGCCACAACCACCAUGCCCGAGUUCCCGUACGUCAUUGUGGGUGGCGGCAACGCCUCCGGUUACGUUGUACGAACGCUGGUGGAAAAUGGCGUUGCGGGGUCGGACAUUUGCCUGGUCGGGAGCGAGGAGAAGCACCCGUACGAACGGCCGGCCCUCACCAAAGCCUAUUUGCACGCUCCCGGAUCGAAGGUACGAGCGAGGCUGCCCGGGUUUCACACCUGUGUUGGAGGGGGUGGCGAGAGGCAAACGCCGGAAUGGUAUCAAAAGAGGUUGUUGUGGUUUUGGUGUUGAAAUCCGGUUUUGUAGUUCAACUCUCGUAGCGUGUUUUUUCCCUUGCAGACCGACGGCUGCGCGCUGCAAGGAAACUCUUUAAAAAUAUCUAAGGGCCCGAUAAAUCAACUGUUUGCAGCUUCAGGACCCUCACCGUCCAAGGUUGGAUGAAAACAUACUAUCAGGUACGGAGAAAAGGGAGUUACCGUGAAGCUGGGCACGAAAGUAACAGCGCUGGAUAGUGGCAAAAAGUGCGUCUCAACGUCUAGCAACGAAGAAAUCACUGCACAGAAGGCGUUGUUUGUGGCCACGGGCUGCAACCCAAGAAUUUUCGAUAUGUACAAAGGGUCCAACGUUUCACUCGUGCGAAACGAAGCAGACUGCGCUGCACUGGUGUCCUCCAUGGAGGGAGGGAAGGAUUUGAAGCUGGUAUGAUGAAUAGUUUUUUAUUGCUCGCUGACCUGAUGUUUGCUACGCCUACGAUGAUGCUGAUCACAAGUUGUAUGCCGCAAGAUGUUCAUCUUACACAAGAAACCGGAAGAAGAACUUUUCCACAGCGAGCAAAACUACCCUCAGGUCGUUGUUGGCGGUGGGUACAUUGGGCUCGAGGUGACCGCGGCAGCCGUGGGUUGGGGCGAGAAUCUUGCGUCCGUCACAAUUUUGAACAUGGACCCCAUGUGCCUGCAGCGCAUCUUCUGGGACGCGCCGGAGUUUUCGAAGAUGCUCCAGGCCAGCGUGGAGAGCGAAAGCCACCCGGUAAAGUGCACUGUGAAAAACGGUAUCAAAAUUUCCAACGUGGUCAAAAGCGCGGACGGGAAGAUCACGGCGAUCGAAACCGAAGACGGUGCGAGCUACCCCUGCGACCUGGUGGUGCUCGGGCUGGGAGCCACCCCCGCAACAGAAUUCAUGCCCAAGGAGAGCUUGUCCAGCAGGGGAUACAUCAACGUACUUGAUUUAGAACUUGUGUUGGUGCGAGCAGCGAGCGAGGACAUCAUCUGAAGUUGUUCAUUACUGCAAUGUCUUCCACGGACAAAUCAGGAGCUGCUGCGCACAGGAUGCAAAUGAAGAUGUUUGUGGUGCUCUUUGUCAUCUGUGGACCACAUGAAACUAAAACAGGUGGACAGCUCGUUGAAAUUUGCGGACGGCUGCUUCGCCCUGGGCGACUGCUGCUCCUUUCCGCUCCAAGGAGAGGAAACGGUCUUCGAGCACGUGUUUCACGCGCGCGCCUCGGCGAAGCACGCCGCCCUGACCGCGCUGGGCCAGACGGCAGACGCGUACAGCCCCAUGUCGUUCUUCUACUCCAGGAUGUUCGAGUAUUCAGACAAGCCGUUGAUAUGGAACAUGUGGGGCACGCGGACCUCCAACGCAGCGCCGCACUUGGAGAAGAAAGACAACGGGUUCACCUGCGUUUGGGUACUAUGAUUUGGUGGACAUUUUUGUAGUGUCAUUAAUUCACAACUCCAGUCAACUUGUUCUUUCCUUGCUUCGCAAAACUACGGUGAAGAAAAGAGUUUGGUACCUGCAUGCUUUUACCGUUAAUUCAAGAAUCUGAAAAAUCUCCUUUUCAGGUCGAAGGCGGAAAGUGUGUUUCGGCUUGCAUUAUGAUGCAGAACCCAGCGCCAACGCAAGAACAGCUGGACGCGUGCAAGGCGUUGAUCGGACAGCCCUAUCCUGCCGCUUAAGCAAGAGAGAUUCUCUGGGUCAAAAAAGUAUCAAGCUCUCGGCGCGGCGAGUCGCUUGUUCGGCCGACGCAAGGUCGUCCUGCGCGACAGUCUUGUGUGCGUAGAAACGAUAGGAGGGGCGUGAUCGAAAGUGGUUAAGAGUGACAGAAGUGACAUUGGUAUUAAACUGAAAGUGGCUUCAUACAACUACAUCAGAGUAAAUUAUCCUCCUCCGCGUGCGGAUAGCAGCCCUGAUGCAAGAGCUUGCCGUUGGACGACUUGCGUGCCGCGAGGACUGCUGCAGCCGUUUUGUUUGAUCUUUCUGCGCGGACAAAGCUGUGACUCCACGGUCCACACGCGUACGUGAACAAGAAUGGGGACAACUCCAGCACGAAGAUCAUCCGAUGCUGAAGGAUCUGUGUCUAGGUGUGAAGAUAGAAGUUCAAGUUCCCGGAAGUAAGAGUAGACUAAACAAGAUCGACAUGAAAAGAACUGCCGUGGCAGUUUAAGCAUUGCAGCGCAGCUCGCUGACCCUUUGCAAAAGUUUUGUUUUCACGGGGAGUUCAAUUUUUGCUUUUUGUUUUUGUUGCUGACUUCAUUUUCAAGCGCGAUACGAUCAUGUUUACGAUCGCGGAAAUGAAUCCAAAAUGCCUCGAGAGAAA